GCAUGUGUCAGAUGUCACUCCAUAAGGCUGGAGGAACUUCCCUCUUCAGAGACAAAACGCUCUGAUCUCUGAUCUGUCCACAGACGUCUCCCCGCCCAGUGGCGUCCCGGAGGCCUUCGUCAUGAACGCAGACGACUCGUCCUUUCCUGUGAAGGUCCAGGGGGCGGGCCUGGAGAUGUUUGAGAUGCAGGUGCACGGUUUCUGGCAGGUUCAGGACACGGUCAUGGCCCUCACGGCCCGGGAGGAGGUGUGUCCACGCUCCAGCUUCUCAUUGGCUCUCGCCGGUGCACCCCUGGACCCCCUGGUGGAUCUGAAGAGCCUGAGGGGUCUCAGGCCAGGAUCCGUCCUCCGCCUGGUUGAAGAGCCCUAUUCCCCCCACUCCGCCAGGGCCCACCUGGGCCGCGUGCUGGAGCUGCUCAGGACCUCGGGACCCCAAGACGCCCUGAAGGAAGGGCGGUCCCCCAGCGUCCUGGAGACGCUCACAAACAGCCCAGGUGCCGCCAAAGACGGGGGCUCUCCCACCGGCCGCAGCCUGAAGCGCUCCCUCAGCGUUCCAAAGGCAGAGGCAGGGGUCCAGGAUGGAACGCCCCCGGAAUACCUGCUCCCGGGGUCCCUGGAGAGGCCCCUCAUGGCCCUGCUGCCGCACAGCUCCCAGACAGAGGGCUCCAUCUAUCUCAGGGACUUAUCCCUCAGCUGUUGGAAUCCACCGCCCGGCCACAGGAAGCUGCAGGGGGACUUCCUGUACGUUACCGUGGUGACCCUUGAAGGAAGCCGCUAUGACGUCACGUCGUGUCCAAAAGGAUUCUAUGUCAAUAGGUCCACAGAAGAGGUGUUCGACCCGCGUCCCGUUCAGGCGUCUCCGCUCUGCCACUGUUUCACCGACCUGCUCUGUCACCUCAGCCCGGCCUUCAAACAAGCCCUCUCCACCGCCAAGACCAGGGCUCAGCUGCCCCCCGCGGAGGUGCUCCCCACCCCCUACCGCACCGUGUGCUGGCUGGGGCCCGCGGCCAUCUCCCGGACCCAGAGGAACACCUUCAGCCGGCUGGGGCUGGACCAGCAGGCGGCCGCACAGGCUCCAGACUGGAAUGAAGAGCUGCAGGCCGCCAGAGACCUCCCCCAGGGGACCCUGGAGGAGAGACUGUGGAGAGACCGGACCCUGCUGCAGGUGAACAGUGCCUUCGUGCUGGCCGCGGCCCAGGGUGCAGAGACGCUGGUGGACGGCUUCGCGGAGACGGUCAGCGCGGGCGGAGAGGAGCCGGGCUUCCUCUGGGGGGGGGUCUUCAUGAGCCAGGGCUCGUCCAGCGCCGGGGGGGAGCGGGGCCGCAGGGCUGCCCAGCGGUUGGAGCUGAGCGGGGUCCAGGCGUACAGCGACCUGGGGGAUCUGCAGGCCCUCCACACGCUGCCCACCGCCACCGUGGACUACCGGGGGGUGCGUCUGUCCGCCCAGGGCCUGGCCCCCGGGUCGGACGGCCCCGAGCCGGAGGCGGACCCGGAGGCGGACCCGGAGGCUCCGGCCCCGCCCCCCUCGAGGGGUCUGAUGUACGGGCUGAACGCGGGCCCCCAGGAGUCCCCCAGACGCAGGCAGCUGCUGGUGCUGCUGGCCCAGUCGGCCAAGGCCCUGUCCCUGCAGAGGCACGCGGUGCUGGGCCCCGCGGGGUACCAGGUGCCCCUCUUCACCUCGGUGGACGCCCAGGGCCUGCUGGGCGGCGACGGCCGCUUCUACCUGCUGGACCUCGUCCGCACCAUGCCCGCCGACGCCAACUUCUGCCCCGAGGUGGAGGCGGCGGAGCGCGCCCUGACCGCAGGGGGGCAGGAGGAGGCGAAGGAGGAGGCGAAGGAGGAGGAGAGGCCCAAGUGUUCAGAAGCAGGAGGAGACCGGUGGCCGGAGAGCUACCACUCGGACACGGGGCUACCCCGGAGGUAUCCUCACGGCCUGUGCAGGCUGAGACGGGAGCUGUGGCACGCCUUCGUCCAACACAAGCACACGCAGUUCAACCAGCGGGUCAGAGAACUGAUGGAAGAGGACGGGGGCUUUGAAGAGUGUGCAAAACCAGGCGACGCCCGCGCUACCAAAGCAGUGAGGGCGGCGUGUGAGGAGGUCGGCUCCGUCAGCAACCUCAUCUUCGAGAUGCGCUUCAACCCCAACGUGUUCUGUUCAGGCGUGUCCUUCCCCGGCGGUGACAGCGCGGCCACCCGGCUCCAGGAGAGGCUGUUGAGGGAGGCCGCCGCCUUCAUCAUCAAGCAGCAGAUUCCUGACUUUGUGGACUACUGCCUCCAGGGCGUCGAGGUUCCCAUGGACAGCGCCACCCUGAAACAGGCCCUGCACCACAGCGGCAUCAACCUCCGCUACCUGGGUCAUGUCAUCAAAGCCAUCAGCCAAUCAGAGCACAAGGAACGCCUGAGGCACAUACUGCGGGUGGCCCUGGCCGAGGUGGUGGUGCGCUCCGCCAGGAGGGUGUUCAACAGCUUCGUCCAGAGCGUGGAGGUCUGGAGCCUAUCAGCCGCCGUCAGCCACUUCCUCUGCUGCCUAUUGGUUCCCCAAUUCACGCCCGCCCCCGCGGGGGAGGAGCCUAAGAAGAAGUCCAAGCGCCGCGGCGGCCGUGGGGGCGCCGGGGCGUCGGAAACCCCGGCGUGGAGCGCCCCCGCGGGGGCGGCGCUGACCGGCCCGGCGCUGUGGAACCUGGUCCGCCAGGACGCCCUGGAGACCUAUGACAUCACGGCCCACCUGGGGACCAGCGUGAGCCACGUGGUGGAGCAGAACGGCCUGCAGCGGCUGUCCCUGCUCAGGGAGUUCUGCCUGAAGACUGGAGUGCAGUUGAGGCUCAGAGACUACUGCCUGGACAACCAAAGCAAGGCUCCCAUUGGACCGGACGACGUGCUGAACAUCUUCCCAUUGGUCAAGCACGUCCACAUGCCCGUUGCCGACGCCUUCAAAGCCUUCCGGGCGGCCCAGACCUUCAUAGAGAAAGGUUUGCUGGACCAAGCCCAGGAGUGUCUGAAGGAGACGUCCUACCUGUUUGGUCGUGUGUGUGAUGAGCUUCACCCAGAGGCCUGCCACUGCCUCAGCACGCUGGCCAGAGUCACCUUCCUGCAGGGCAAGACAGCAGAGGCCCGCAGUGCCCAGCUGAAGGCUGUGAUGCUCAGCGAGAGGGUCCUGGGCUUCGACCACCCCAGCACCAUCCAGCAAUACGCUCUGCUGGCGGUCUACCUCGGGGCCGGCGGGGAGAAGGCCCUGGCCCAGAAGUGCCUCCUGAGGGCGCGCCACUUAGUGCUGACCGUCCACGGGGAGGACCAUCCCUACGUCGCCACGCUGGACGGCUGUCUCGGGUUGCUGCUGACCGGGGAGGCCGCAGGGCAGUACCUGGAGAGCGCUCUGAAACUCAACAUGUCCUUCUUCGGCCCCACCGACACCCACACAGCGUUCAGUCAGCACCUGCUGUCCCAGUGGCUGUGCAGUAAAGGGGACUACCGCUCCGCCAUGAGCCACGAGAAGGAGGCCCAGGCGGCAUACUCUGCCAUGUUCGGCGAGGACCACAAACAGACCAAGUGCAGUGCAGAGUUCCUCCGCACCAUUACCCAGCAGGCCGUGCGGGUGGAGCGCAGCCGAAGGGAGGCGCCCGACGUGACGGAGCCGGCGGUGGCGGAGGGCCUGAAGCCGUCCUCAGAGACCGUUGUGGAACAGCUGGCGCUACUCACGGGGAUCAGGAAGAACGCACAGAGCAAUAGGCUCCAGGAAUUCAAGAAGAGGUUCUGGGAGAUGAAGCUGGCGGAGGCCACAGAGAAGGUGAAGGUCAUCAACGAGAGACUGAUCAGCGCCAAGACCAAGAGGGAAGGAGAGAGCACGCCUGCAGGGGCGGCAGGAGCAGAAGAAGAGGAGACUCCUGCAGGGGCGGCAGGAGCAGCAGCAGGAGGAGAAGGAGCAGCCGGAGCAGCUGUGUGCCUGGAGAACGGGGACGGUGGAGCAGAACGUCCCGAGGAGGCUCUGCCCAGUGGGGGCCAGGAGAUCCGGCCCGCGGAGGAACCCUCGGAGGAGAACCGUCCCAGUGCGGCCGUCAACGGUCUACCAGAGGAGCGCUCUGCACCGGGGGAACCAGAGCAGCAGGAGACGGAGAGGGAGGAGGUGGAGCUCCACGCAACCAUGAACGGAGGUCCAGACGUCGAGGGCGACGACACCCACCACAAAGAAACGGAGACGGGGGAGACGGUUGGUCCAUCCGAGGGGAUGGUGAACGGAGGAGAGGAGGUGACGAAGGCAGGCUCACACGAGGAGACCAACGGUGUGAAUGGAGUCCACGACGACGACGAAGACGAAGACGACACCGACCUAUCAGGGCUCGAGAAGAAGAAAGAGCACUUGGUAGAGGUCAACGCAAAGUCCACCAAAGCCAACGAAGCGGUCGUCAACGCCGUCAUCGUCGUCAACGGAGGGGCGGGGAACGGCGUGGUGGUGAACGGCGCCCCCGAAGAGUGAAGGGCCCCCCCGGGAGCCCGUUGUGUUAAAGCUUUUACUAAUGUCUUGGGGUGGAAUCAAAGGUAUCUUCAGCUGGUACAGAAACGUGGAGAUGAGUGUUUUGUACCCAACUGCUCGAUGAAGAGGGGACGGAACCGGUUACAUGGGGAGGGGGACUUACUUCUUAGGGAAACUUUUUUCUUCCGAUAAUAAAACAUUCUGCUGUUAAAUAAAGAUUUUAAAAGAGACGGUACUCUGGGUGCUUCUUUCAAACAUGGCCCUGAC